CAUUCCGUUAGCGAAGGCAUAUUCAUGUUAUAUUGCGGCACCGGAGGUGAGGGAGCAGAGAUCAGGCAGGGCCUAAGUUAACGGAGCGCCGUCCGUCACAUUUUCCACCUUCCGCAGAACUCUCCCGAAGAACUCGGGAUGCAUCAACACCAACCAAAAACGACACUCUUCAGACUUCACACACCCAAGAAAAAAAAGCAUCCUCCCCGAAAGAUGAUAGAUUAAUUAAAAUUCAAUGAAAUUGUGAUUUUCUUAGUUGUUCUUCUUUCCAAACAAACGUGCCUAGAGAGCUUCAUGCCGUCGCAUCAUUUUGCCAGGUUGCCAUCAUGAAUACUUUAACUGACUGCCUGAUGAAUGACUAUGGUAUGCACAACACUUCAAGUGCAUCUCCAGGUGGUGACACUCAAGAUUCCCCACCAAUUAAUCACAAUGAUCUUGAAGUAAAAGAGAGAGAAAGUCUUGUGCAGUGGCUGAACAGUAUCCUUCCGCAUUUGAGGUUGUCUAUAAAAUCCUCAGAAGAGGAACUACGAGCAGUCUUGCUUGAUGGUAGCGUAUUGUGCCAAUUAGUGGUUAAGUUGAAACCAGAUUUGUUUUUGACCGAGGCAGGAAAUUCUAUUAAUUCUUCGGGUUCGUGCUCAGAACAUGUUAGAAGAUUUUUAUCAGCCAUGGAGAAAUUGGGCUUACCCCGGUUUGAGGCAUCAGACUUAGAAAAUGGCUCCAUGAAAGCUGUGUUUCAUUGCCUUAUAGCACUUCAAACACAAUUUAGGGAACAAGAUGGGGAAUCCGAUGCAUCUGGAAAUGUUAUUACAACAAGAAGAUGGAAGUCGAUGAUAGAACAUUAUGGAGGUGAUGAUGAUCAAAGGGAAGAAUCUUUCAGACUCCGUCCUUUUUCAUCUUUUGGAGAAGAGAGAUGGAAAUUAGAGUCAAAAUCGCAACGAGCAUUGCGUAGUCCUGUGAUGGCAGCUGCACUGAUACAUCACAUUGGCCACAAGUUCCAUGAAGUAUUUGAGCUUAAACAAGGAAGUUAUGCUGAUCUCCCCGCAUCAAAGAUUUCAGAAAUGAUGAAGUCAAACAGUUUGGAUAAUGCCCCAACACAGUCACUUUUAACGGUUGUGAAUGGAAUCAUAGAUGAAUGCAUUGCACGCAAAAAUGGAGAAAUACCUCAACGUGUAGCAUGCCUGUUGAGAAAAGUAGUGCAAGAGAUAGAGAGGCGGAUAUCAACACAAGCAGAGCACCUGAGAAUGCAAAACAACCUCUUCAAAGCUCGGGAAGAGAAGUAUCAAUCGAGAAUUAGAGUUCUAGAAGCUCUUGCAACUGGUACAAGUGAAGAGACACAGAUUGUCAUGAACCAACUCCAACAACUUAAGAGUGAAAGGACAAAGAUGGAGGUGAAAAAGAAAACCGAGGAACAUGACAUGACUAGAUUGAUGAAAGGAAAAGAUGAUAGUGUCCAGGAGAUCACAGCUUUGAAGCAAAAUCUUGAAAUCGCUAGAGAAACAUAUGAAUUUGACACCAGAAUAUCUCAACAAGAGAUUUCAAAUUUGAAGCAAGAACUUGAAACAGCUCGGGAAGCCUAUAAAGAUUGCUUCUCACAACUGGAAAGUAACAACAGAAAUUCUCAACAAGAGAUUUCAUCUUUGAAACAAGAACUUGAAACCACGCGUAAAGGAUCUGAACAAGAGAUUGAAACAUUGAAGAAAGAAAUUGAAACUAUUUGUAAAACUUAUGACCAACGUUUCUCAGAAAUGGAGAAAGAGGCUAAAGGAUCUCAAACAGAGAUGGAGGAGAAAUUGAAGGAAUCCACGAGGCAUUUAACAGAAACAAGGAAUAGGUUGAAGGAAUGUGAAAUGCUUUCUGAAACGAGGUCUUUGCAGUGGAAAAAGAAACAGAACAUCUAUGAAAUAUUCACUGAAUUCCAGCUUGGUGCACUACGUGAGCUAAAAUUUUCAUCCCAUUCGAUAAGGCAUGAAGUUAUCAAAACACAGAAGGUCUACACAGAUGAAUUCAAAUGCUUAGGUGUGAAGACCAGAGCGUUGGAAGAUGCAGCUGCAAACUAUCAUGUAGUUCUUGCUGAAAACAAAAAGCUACAUAAUGAAGUCCAAGAAUUAAAAGGAAAUAUAAGAGUAUAUUGCCGGGUAAGGCCAUUUCUUCCUGGACAAAUGGACAGGCAGACAAUUGUUAAUUAUAUUGGUGAAAAUGGGGAGCUAAUUGUCACGAAUCCUUCAAAACAAGGAAGGGAAGGGCGUCGUUCAUUCAAGUUUAAUAAGGUUUAUGCUCCUGCUGCCACACAAGCUCAAGUGUUUUCAGAUAUACAGCCAUUGAUCCGAUCAGUUUUGGAUGGUUAUAGUGUUUGCAUAUUUGCAUAUGGCCAAACAGGCUCAGGAAAAACUUACACAAUGACGGGCCCUGAUAGAGCUAGUGAAGAGGAAUGGGGUGUCAACUACCGGGCUUUAAAUGACCUCUUUCAGAUUUCCCAAAAGAGAGUGAACGCCACUGCAUAUGAAAUCUCAGUUCAAAUGGUAGAAAUAUAUAAUGAACAAAUCCGUGACUUGCUCUCGAACGACAACUCUCACAAAAAUCUGGCGGUUUUGCCAACAACCCAACCAAAUGGUUUAACUGUGCCCGAUGCUAGCAUGUAUCAAGUUAACUCGACUGCAGAUGUGUUGGACCUAAUGAAUAUUGGAUUGAAGAACAGAUCGCGAAGUUCAACUGCCCUAAAUGAAAGAAGCAGCCGAUCACAUAGUGUGGUGACAAUUCAUGUGUGUGGGACGGAUAUUAAGAGCGGAUCGUCUAUGCGAAGCAGUCUUCAUUUGGUGGAUCUAGCAGGAAGUGAGAGAGUAGAUCGCUCUGAGGUAAAAGGUGACAGGUUAAAGGAGGCACAACACAUAAACAAGUCUUUAGCUGCGCUUGGAGAUGUCAUUUCUGCUUUGGCUCAAAAGAGCCCUCAUAUUCCAUACCGAAACAGCAAGCUUACCCAAGUUCUUCAAAGCUCAUUAGGGGGCCAAGCAAAGACCCUUAUGUUUGUGCAGCUUAAUCCUGACCUUAGUUCAUAUUCUGAGUCUGUUAGUACUUUAAAAUUUGCUGAGAGAGUAUCCGGGGUAGAGCUAGGUGCAGCCAAGAGUAGCAAAGAUGUCAAAGACGUCAAGGAGUUGAUGGAACAGAUUGCAUCUCUCAAAGAUGCACUAUCUAAAAGAGAUGAGGAGAUGGACAAAUGGCGUCUUGGGAAAGAUAUCAAGAAUGUGAUGCUGGGAAGCAAUGGAGAAAAACGUAGUGUGAACUCAUUGAGACACUAAAGAAUAAGGCACUGAGUACAUUCAACCAAAUGAACGCAUGGCUAAAAUAAGACGAGACACAAUUUAUACCAUCAAAAAUUCAAGAUCAUCACUUGAAGAUUACCAAGGGAUUCAAAUCCUUAAAUGCAUCACUCAACUGAGCAAAAAAAUGAACCUUUGAAGUUGAAGUGAUGCAAUGACAAAACUGGCCUGAUCUCAUGCACCUGAAGUGCUCAUGCUAUAUUAUAAUGGUUUUUUGGGUCUGAUCAUACAAGUUAAAGGUGUUGUAUUAUGAUUUUGGAAUUUUUGAUUUUUCGUGUGUAUGAUGUUUGGGAUAUUAUCUAUUGUGGAUGCAUGUAUAAGCACGCACACACACACAUGUAUAUAGAUACAUACAUACACAGUCACACACGCACACACAUAUACAUAUGUAAGCAUAUAUUGAUUUCUGUAUUCAAGAAAUCUUAGCAGCACAAAAGGUGCCAAAGCAUGAACUCGAUCCCAGUCCAAAAAUUCCCUUGGGCUAGUUUGUUAUUUAUUUUAGUUUUCUUUUCUGUAAUGUUCUUAUUUCCC